CGGCAUUUCACUUCUUUGCAUCCUUUUUGCCAAAUACCGUCCGAUCAGACACAAGCUCGCGAUUUUGGAUACCGCGCCUCAAGUUGAGAGGAUCAUACAUCGUAAAGGCCUCAAUCACACACCGAAGGACUUGCCCCACUUCUUUCCUGGACGCUCCUCACACGAUUCGAUGAUCUCGACAUGAACCAGAGGUAAACACCAAGAUGGCCCGCAAAGGCGGGGGCUCGACCCAACGCAAGGCGCCGCCGCUACCAACAGCGAAUGUAGCUACGAAUGGCAGUUCAAAUGGAAUCCCUCCACCGUCAACAAUCGCAGCUCAGAUUGUGCACAAUGCGGCAAAGACCCAUUCGAAGCAAGAUGCUGCUUCGAAAGUCACAUUCGGCGAGCUUCUGAAAGAAUUUCUGCAGCAUCCAAACACCGAUGAGCCAGAUGCACAACUCGUAUCCUUCAUCUGCGUUGUUGCAGAAGCAGGUUUGGAGAGCUUAUUCAAAGACGAUCCGUUUGCGCAAGAUGAGCAAAGGCAGCAAGGCGUUCGCAGCAUCAAUGCAAUUACAUACCUGCUCCAGCAGAAGCCGCACCUCCUUUUGCAACCCAAGGACGACGAAGAUAGUGGGACUCCUCGACCGCCUGUCAUCCUGUGGCUCUUUCCAAAGAUUCUUGGGCUAUUGACGCAUGCCACCUUACGAUCAAUUCACGGGAAUGCUGAGGGUUUGCUCAGCUUCUGUCUCAGCAUACUGUCCCGGUCUAUGGCAUAUUCGCGUUCUGCUGUCACGGUAAUGCAGCUGUACAAGGCGAACGUUAUCCAUAUUCGAGAUGAAUUGAAGGCUGUCAACGACUCUAUCCCAGCACGAGCGACGCCAUUCCGCAUCAUGGCACCCUCCAUCAGCAGCAUCAAUGACUUUUGGCCAGAAAGCAAACAACUGAUUGCUGUUCCUCACAAUCUCCAAAGGAAGAUUUCUUCGCCAACUUUGUCUAUACACGUCGGAUUUAACCUGCUAGCUGCCUUGUGCCAAUCAACAAGUUCAAACUCACGGAAGAGCAUGUUUGAGCAACAGUAUCCAUGGAUCCUAGAUAUCUGUGAGGAAUUGUGGUGCUACUUCCGCCGGUGGAGUGCUUCAGACAAGCGCCCAUUGCAUGACGAAAUAUUCGCUUUGUAUAUGCGAUUGAUCAACACUCUUACAGUCCUCAGCCCCGAGUCGAAGGAUCGUUUUCCAAGUUCAUACAAGGCUGCGACGACGUCGGUCAAGAGCAUUGCUUAUCUGAUCGAAAGUCUCGCUACUUCGCCCAUGUCAGAUAGCAACCAGGGACAGCUCGCACUGAUGGUGACGCGCCUGUGCUGUACUGCGAGGACUGAGUGGCCCCACGAGAUGGUGCUUGAUCAGCGGCGACAGCCUUCUCAGAUGCUCGAUACUGAAAUUCUGAAGCAAAGCGCCACAAGACUAUGUGAAAACACGGAUGUGCUGUUCAGUCUACAGAAGGAUCUACAGCUUGCGUUGUGUCUUUGGAUGUCGAAAGGCGAGUGGCCCGAGAAGACUGAGAGCCUUCGAGAUGAGCUGUGCUCCAAUGGCGCAGAGAGUUUCACCUCUGCACAGAUAGCCGAAGAUGCAAUCAAGUGCAUUCAGGCAUUUCAGAGGAUGCAUCUAGACGAAGACAGGCCGGCAAAGCGACGAAAGACGUUACACGAAUCGUCAGAGGACGCCAACAUAUCAGCCUACCACCAGCUUACACUACUACUUAACGGAAGCUCAGAGGACUCGCCAAUCCUCACACUUUCCAAUCUCCCUCAAAUUAUCGAGGCAAGAUAUUCUUCUCUAUCUGAUAACCCGAAACUCAAUGAAGCCGCGCAACAACAAUUGCUAAUUGCUCUGGGUAAGGUUGCUUGUGCAGGGUCGCGAUGCCUGCGACCCAACAGGAACGGCUCAAAGCAAUGGGAAAGCCUCACCUGCGCUCUGUGCGACGAACCGGCCACCAAGAUCCGGCAACCAGAAGUCUACUGGGAGAACCAUGGUUAUGGACAGGACUGGAAGGAAGUUAUUGCUGCACUUCUUACAAUCACGAAGGAGCCUAAGUUCCAGGCCUCGACAAGGCCUCGAGUGCUCAUGGCUGUCGCCAUAGGACGCCUUUUCGACCACAUCUCUGAUGACGACUAUCUGAAUCUUGAAAUGUGUGAGCUGGGUCAGUGGUUGCUUGCUUGCAUGAGUCGAUCUCUACGAGAGUUGAAGAUCGCAGCCACUCAUGCACUCAUGGUAUUCCUGCGAGACGACCUCUCCAACCGCGUUCGCCAAAAGAAUCGGACAUCAGUUAUAGAGUUCUUUGAUGUCCUGGUGCAACGUGGAGUUCUUGCUGACCAGGAAACCCUGAUCUUGGCAUAUGGUCACGUAGCCCGCGCCUGUGGCGAGCUGGAGCUUCCCAUCAUCCUCUGUCGACUAGUCGAGUAUCUCGGUCAUCCCAAUGCACUCAUUUGUGGGAUGGCGUACAGAGAACUCGAUGCUUUAGCGGAACCCCACGAACCAGAAGUUUUGUUCAAGCCAUAUUGGAGGAUACUUGCCUUCUCUGUCAUCAAGGAUAUUAUCAACAAGCCACAGAAGGCUCAACAGCUCGCCGAUCUUACCGAGCAGACCGUUCGCCAAUUGCUGGUUUUGACUCAAUCAUACACACUCCCGCACUUGGUGCUGACGAAGAGGAGGGACAUCAUUGAGAAGAUUGCUCAAGCUCGCAAGGUCUCAGUAGCAGAUGUGCUGACCCAACCACGGAUCAAUCUUGCAAAGAUUUUGGCAUUGUUACUCUCGCAGUCUGUGCCUGACGUCGAAUCCUUCGCUCUGGAAACAUUGGCCGAAAUUGAGCCACAAAUGCGGGAGGGUUCCAAUGACAAGCUUGAAUCGCUGAUCGCAAUGGAUAUCACAGGUAUUGCCAUUGAGAUCCUUAUGCUGUCCGCUGAACAAGACGAGCCAAGAAAGGCCCCAUACCGUAGAGCUUUUGGUGCUCUUGCUCGCCUAGCUGAUAUCAAGAGCGGUCAACGCAGAUCGUCGUCUAAGACUAAGAGCCUGGAUGAGUUCUGCGAGACACAUAUUCUCGGUAUCAUCGCAUACUUCUCCGACAUUGUAGAGAGCCCACUCACCCAGAGCAAGUCUACGCCCCGCCCUCUGCCUGAGCGCAAGAGAUGUAUAGCAGCCAUAGGAGACUUCAUCACCCUUGCACGUUACAGUGUGAACGGCGCACUUCCACAGAUACGUGCAUGUCUGCAAUCGGCAAUGUCAGAUCCAGACCUCUGCGACGAUGCCUUCCUAGUAUGGACAGCCUUCCUUGAUGCUCUCGACGCAGAUGACACAAUGCUAGUGAUCGAUCAGACGUUUGCGCUCAUCGUGGAGCACUGGAACAUCUUCUCGGAUGACACCCAGCUGCUGGCAAACAAGACCAUUGUGGCCCUGACACAAGACUACGACGCACAACUGCGCGCCCGCAUCGAGUAUCUUCCGUCUCUGGCAACCAUCCCCAUGAUGUCGAAGACCGAAGCCGAGUUAACACGGUUCAAAUCACAUGUGGAAACUGUUCGAAUCUUCCAAGCCUUCGGCAACAGGUGCAAAGACCAGAAUGCUGUCGUAGUACGUCAAGCUCUCAGAGAGCUUGGUCCAUAUCUGGAUGCCAACCAAAAGCACUUGCACCAAGCAAUUGUGGGGCAGAAACCGCUGCCUGUACUGGCGGAUCUUACUCGAUCCCUUCUGGAUGCCAGUGUACGGUUCUCAGAAAUGCACUCAGACAUUACCACAUUAUGUGCGCAAUGCUUGGGUAUCAUUGGAGGCCUCGACCCCUAUCGAGUUGAAACGGUACGCGAGAAGAAGCGCGUCUUGAUGUUGUCAAACUUCUCACGACGAGACGAAGACAUUGAUUUUGUAGCUCUUCUGCUCGAGCAGGUCCUUGUCAAAGUCUUCCUGUCGACCACGAAUGCGACGUCACAAGGGUGGAUAGCCUACGUCAUGCAGGAGAUGCUCAAGCACUGUGGCUUCAGCGCUCUAGCAGUCGCGAAGCCUCGCUCCUCACAGAUCAGCACGGAAGCGCAAAGGUGGAACGACAUUCCUGAGCCUACGAGGAACGUCUUGACACCCUUUCUCAACUCGAGAUACUCCGUCAAUCGUAACCCAGCCCUCCAGUACAAGUCUCCACCAUAUCCGAUUUUCGACGGUAAGAUCAGCCACGGAACCUGGCUCCAGACAUUCGUAUAUGACCUCCUACAGAAGGGCCAGGGUAUCAACGUGGAGAUGGUGUUCCCUGUCCUAGCCAGGGUCAUUAGGGGUUUCGACCUGUCGAUUGCAACCUUCAUCCUUCCUUUCGCAGCUCUGAACGUUAUCGUGUCUGACAAUGACGAAAAUAUGAGCUAUGUUGGAACCGAGCUGAUGACGGUCCUGCGGCGCGAGAUGCAGUCCACAGACCAGACAGAUGCUAUUUUGAUCAAGCAAUGUAGCGAGAAUGUAUUUCAAGUUCUCGAUUAUCUUUCGCUGUGGCUACAAGAGAAGAAAAAAUCUGUCACAGAUGCCAGGAUCAUGGCGGGCAAGACUGGGAGAGGCGUCUCGGAGGAAGAGGAGAUGAACGCAAUCAAACAAAUCAGCCGUGUAGAGGGCAUCCUCCAGCUUGUCCCAGCUGAGGUGAUCUCUCAGCGUGCGGUUGAUUGUGGGUCCUACGCUCGCGCCCUCUUCCACUGGGAGCAAUACUACCGCCAACAGCAGCAUCUCAAGACCGAGACAAAUCAAGUCUUUGAGAAGGAUGAUUUGUUGCAGCACCUUCAGUCCAUCUAUGCGCAAAUAGACGAGCCGGACAGCAUUGAAGGCAUCACAGCUCAUCUCAAGGUGCUCAACCCCGAGCAACAGAUCAUGGAAGAUCGCAAGGCUGGCAGGUGGACCGCAGCUCAGAGCUGGUAUGAGGUUGCUUUGGCUACCAAGCCAGACGAUCUAGAGGUUCAAGUUAUGCUCCUGACCUGUCUGAAGGAGUCAGGUCAAUAUGAUGCAAUCCUAAACUACGUGGACGGCUUUCACGCAGCCAACCCGGUAUCGAUAAGUACGCUCCCAUUCGCUGCUGAAGCAGCCUGGUCGGCUGGCAAGUGGACACAGCUCGAAAGGAUCCUCGGCGCUUCAUCUGACAAGGUCAUCGGUACGACCACGGACUUCAACAUAUGCGUUGGAAAAGCAUUGCUUGCGUUGUACAACGAAGAUGACUCGGAGUUCAAGAAUCUCAUUGCUGCACUUCGUAGGACCUUGUCAAAGAGCCUCUCUCCAUCGAACACCAACUCUCUGCAGGCGUGUCACGAUACGCUAGUCAAACUGCACGCUCUGUAUGAGAUUGAAGCAAUCAGUGGCGUCAUGACGCCUCACCCGCCAGAACGCGAGAAGGUCCUCAACAAUCUGGACCUUCGAUUAGACGUUAUUGGUGCUCACACUUCCGACAAGCAGUAUCUCCUUGGCGUGCGUCGUGCGACCAUGCUCGUCUCAAGGAUCGACUUCAGCGAUCUCGACAUCGCUUCGGCUUGGCUCACUACGGGACGACUUGCCCGCAAGGGCGGGUUCAUGACCACUGCAUUCAAUUCAGUACUCCACGCCGACCAGCUGGGCGACGGAGCCUCCAAGAUUGAGUACUCAAAACUACUGUGGAAAGAAGGACAUCACCGAAAGGCGAUCCAGACCUUGCGAGGUGCCAUCGACAGUAAUGCCUUCCAAAACAGCGACAGCCUGCCGAUCAACAUCUCCAUCACAACCGAUGGCCGUGGAGGUGAUCACAUAAGUAAGGUCAAGUGCCAUGCUCAGCUACUGCUCGCAAAAUGGCUCGACCGUGCGGGACAGACCAAGUCCGGAUCUUUGAAGGACGCGUAUGCGACAGGUGUGAUGUCAUAUCCCAAGUGGGACAAAGGCCAUUACUACCUGGGACGAUAUUACCUAAAGCUGUUGGAAUCUGAGAAAAAGUUGCCUGUCACAAAGCAAAGUCAGGAGUAUCUCGCCGGAAGCUUGAUCAAACUGGUAAUUGAGAACUUCAUACGAUCCACGGUGUACGGCACAAAGUACUAUUACCAGACCCUACCGAAGAUCCUCACACUCUGGCUAGACCUGGGAACUGAGGUCAUAAACGUAGUGCCUCGGUCUGCGCGAGAUAAAGAGUUCCAUGACCACAGAAUCACCUACCUGGACCACAUCAACAAGUACCUGAAGCGGUAUGCUGGCGAGCGAAUGCCUGCUUACACAUGGUACACUGCCUUUCCACAGAUCAUCACACGCAUCAGCCAUCCCAACAAGAACGUCUGGGAUGCUCUGCAGUCCAUUAUCAUUCGAGUCGCAGCAGUGUACCCCCAGCAGACGCUAUGGAGCUUGCUAGCGGUACUGCACUCGACUCAAGACGAUCGUCGUACACGCGGCACUGCUGUGUUGCAAAAGCUGCGCGAACAAUCGAAGCGCAAGAACGGAGCUUUGGAUUUGAAGAACGUCAUCGUGCAAGGACAGCGCCUGACUGAUGCUCUGCUGAUAGCCUGCGACGCUCCAGUCGAGCAGCGAGUCACGCAUGUCAGCCUUUCAAAAGACCUUGGAUUCAGCCACAAGCUCGCACCUAGUCAGUUGGUGGUGCCCAUUGAAGCGAACUUGCUACCAAAUCUCCCGGCUGGAAAUGACAGUAAGACGAUACGUCUGCACAAUCCGUUCCCACAGGAUGCAAUUACAAUCAAUGCAUUCAUGGAUGAUGUGCUUGUGCUCUCCUCGCUGCAACGCCCGCGCAAGAUCAACGUUCGAGGCUCAGAUGGUCGAUCUUACGGUCUUCUUUGCAAGCCCAAGGAUGACUUACGCAAAGAUCAGCGUCUCAUGGAGUUCAACGCUAUGAUCAACCGUGCAUUACAGAAGGAUAUCGAGUCCAGCAAGCGUCGGCUGUACAUCAGGACGUAUGCGGUGACGCCGCUGAACGAAGAGUGUGGAGCAAUCGAAUGGGUCGAAGGACUCAAACCGAUGCGUGAUAUCAUCCUCCGCUCUUACCGUCAGCACAACGUGCAAAUCGAUUACGCAGAAAUUCGCAUGCUGCUCGCCGAAGCUUCAUCCUCGCCAGGGAAGGUCCCCAUCUUCACAGAGAAGAUCUUGGGCAAGUUUAUGCCAGUGCUCCACGAGUGGUUCGUCGAGACGUUCCCGGAGCCAGAAGCUUGGUUAUCGGCGCGGCUGCGAUACACGCGUUCCUGCGCAGUGAUGAGCAUUGCAGGUCACGUACUCGGGCUGGGGGAUAGACACGGCGAGAACGUGUCGCUAGAGCAAGGCACCGGUGGUACUUUCCACGUCGACUUCAACUGUCUGUUUGACAAGGGCCUCACGUUUGAGAAGCCCGAGCUCGUGCCAUUCCGUCUCACACACAACAUGGUCGACGCCAUGGGUCCGCAAGGUGUCGAGGGACCCUUCAGAAAAGCGGCUGAGUUGGUGUACAGCAUCUUGCGGCAACACGAAGAUACGCUCAUCACUAUCCUUGAGACGUUUGUUCAUGAUCCGACAGCUGACUUCUUGGGCGGGAAGAGGAGGAAGAAGAUUCCGGGCGUUCCAGACACACCGCAGGAGGUACUGGAUACUGUGAGAACCAAGGUCAACGGGUAUCUGAAGGGAGAGUCGGUGCCGCUCAGUGUGGAGGGGUAUGUCGAUGCAUUGAUUGCGAUGGCGAGAGACCCGAUGAACCUGGCAUCUAUGUACAUUGGAUGGUGUGCUUUCUUUUAGUUGACAUUGCAGCAGAGGCGUUGAGUAUUCGUGGGAUGUCGUAUACGUCGUCAGUAUCGUUCUAUAUGGUUGAAGGGGCUUGCAUAACAUGAUGAUAGAAAUGCAAAAUUGAGUCAAGGCGAA